CAGCAUCGCAGAUCCUGUUGACACAAAGUCCCUGGACUGUUCUUAUAUUCAAGUGACCCCCUCCAUAAUGUCUUCAAAGGCAUCAUUACCCGCCCGUAUCGUCCUAGAUGCUCUGAAGACGACCACCCGACAACGGCCUACCUGCGAAUGCCUACAGACUCGACUUGUGAAUCGCAAACUCAGGCCCCGACAACAAGCCCGACAUGUAUCGACCGCCGGUUCUCAACGAUCCGAGAUGGAAGUCGAAUCGGAGCGCACCACUCCGCGCUGGGCGACGACGCCCGCCGGCAUGAAAGCUCCCGUGCGCACGAGACCUGAGCGACAAAACACCCUGAAAGUCAACACCGAUCAGAGGAGACUCGACGAUGUGUAUGUGAACAUCCUGGGAAGAGACGGGGACAAAAUGCUGUCGGAAGAGACGAAAUGGUUGGCGGUGACGAGCAAAAGCUUCGAUCACGGUCGCAGAGGCUUCAAUGACCGCCUGGCAUUUUUCGGCAAACGCAUAGUCGAAUUACAAUGCUCGCUCGGCCUGCUGAGCGUGUCCGAUGCCGCUGCCUUUCUGAAGGGCGAGGGUCAGGACACCCACGGCCGUGAACCUUUCCGGCACCCUGCCAUCGAGGCCGUCGAAUGUCUACUGGGAGGAGCCCAUCAAUAUUUCACACACCACAAGGCACUGUCGAACUUGGCCACGCAGUACGGACUACCUGAGGUGGUGCGGUGGCACCCCAAAAAUCCCGAUCGACUCGAAGCGUCUGGUGCCGAUCUCGUCUACUCACAGGCCCUUUUGGCGAUUGUCGGCGCGUUGGCGCUCGAACAUGGAAGUGCAGUGGCAAACCGCAUCGCGAAAGAAAGGAUACUGGUGCCCAUGGGCUUGAAAAGAGAUUGGACACCGAAAGUGAAGGAACCCGAGACUUCCACGCCGUUAUGAGUUCCGAGUGUGUCCCAACGGGUGUGUAAAUUUGUGUACAACAUGAUAUCCAAGCGAGAUCCAUAGCAUUUGUUGCAUUACAUUGUACAGGAUUAUUUGAAAAUUCAUAAUGUUUGGGGCCUCUGACACCGCCUG